AUGGCCACGAUGUACAGGUCCUCGCAUCAGCAUCAUCAUCAUUCGUACAACAACAACAAACCGUCGUCGUCGUCGUCGUCGUUUUCGUCGUCGUCGUCGUCGUUGUUCAUCUUGCUCAAGAAAAACAGAUAUUGCCGUCGCCUGAUUGUUCUGUUCAUUUUGUAUGUGUUUAUGCAAACGUUCGUAUUCUUGAAGACGUGGUUUCCCGGGGACCCGACGCUGAGAAGAAUAUCCGAGAGUUCGUUGAAGCUGAUGUUCAGUCGAAGCGGGUUUUCGUUCGGGACUUCUCGAGUCUUCUCGAAGAGAUAUUCCUCUGUGAAAGGAGGAGAGGGAGAAGUGAAAUUGAGAAAUCCAAAGGAAACGAGACAGACGAAGAAACAGUACGUGGUGCAAGGACAAAUUCCAGACCGACCGACGUGGGGGGAAGAUUUUGACAUUCACAAGUACGUGAAAGAUGUCAGGUUAGGAGAGAAAGGAGGAGGAGGAGAAGAAGAAGAAGGGUAUAAGCAACUGCAGUGUUUCUUCACCGUGGACGCGAACGAACCGAAAGUAGUGUUGUACGACGACGGCCGCACGCAUGUAGUACACUUAGGAGUAGGAAAUACGGGGAUAAAUAUGAACGAGCUGACGUGUGAACACUUUCGUGCGACGACGAGCGUGGAAAACGACGAUAGAAUAGAAGAAACGUGGAGUAUAGAAUCAGAAGGGGAGAACGUCGGCAAACUCGCCAUCGUGUCUUCGGCGACAAACGUGGAAAUGUUGAGCGAGUAUCAUCGAACUUUGCUCAAUCACUUGGAGUACGCGAAAUCGCACAAGUACGCCAAUUACCUUUCAUUAGUAAAACAGAAAACCUUAGAAGGACGGUCGGGGAAGUUUGCAAAGCACUUAGCGAUGGGUGCGUUGAUCUCAACGGGAGAUUUUGACACCGUUUGUCACGUAGAUUUAGAUGCCUGGUUUGCAAGUUGGGCACCGCUUUCAUACUACGCGAAAGCGUGGCCGAGAGAUAAGGAUCUGCUGUUUGGAGAUACCGAUCAAAUAUGGAUCAACUCUGGUUUAAUGAUUGCCCGAACGACGACGUGGAGCGCGCAGUUUUUCGAAAAGGUGAUGAACGCCGUGCACAGUGUAAAUGCAGAAAACGACGAAAAGAUUGGUUUUAAAAGAGACCAACCGGCCGUGUGGCAUGUUUUAGCCGAAGGAUGGAGAGAAGAAGGUAGAAUGCCGUAUAAAGGCACGGAGUGUGAGAGUUGGAACCAGUGUAACCCGGACGAAAAUCCUGUGGAGUGUUGGCACUGGUGUCAUUGGGAUGCGUUGCAGAGAAUCAAAGGAUGGACCGGUUUGACUUCUCUGAACGCGUUGCCAAAUAUCCACUUGGUCCCUAUCGAUGUGUACCCACAAAUGCACCGCAUGUGCAUUCGGUCGUGCUAUUCAGUCGCCGCGAGAGCAGUCAUGGGCAUUUGCUCGGGAAUUACACGAGGCUCGGCGAUGUGCUUGCCGAAAGACGUGGACAAGAUGAGUUUGUGCGACGGGAAAGGGUGCUUGGAGCAAAUGGAAUCCAACGGCGGGGCGUGGUUGAAGCAUACAGGGCAUCAGCACUGGAGAGACGUUCUGCCGAGUUGCGUGCCAAGAAAUAGGAAAGAAGCUGAUUUAGAACAGAAGAAUCCGCUCGCUUUGUGUUCGAAAUCUUCUUAA